UACGAUUUCCCAAUAUUGGCUGGCGCUAGUGUCAUGACAAAGAGAGGUGGCAUCUUUAUCUCUUUUUAGUAUAUAUUGACACUUGAGCGUGAUACGAUCGUUCGGAAUCUAGUCUAGAAAAAGGAGAUGAGCGAUGCUGAGCUUCAGGAGGAGGAACGAGAAGUAUUACUCUCGAUAUACGACGGCGAUCCGGCUUUUAAACAGCUGACACCCACAAUAUUUCAAUAUAAGUACGGAGAAGAUAAUGAUAUGAAGUCAUUUCUACUGGAAAUUUCAUGGGGCGCAACAUAUCCUACAGAGAAACCAACUAUCAAUAUGAAUACAUUUUAUAACAAACAUAUUUUGCAAGAGGUCAAGGACAAGGUGAUGAAUCACUUAGAGGCAGAGGCUGAGCAGUGGUUAGGUAGCGCUAUGACAUAUACGUUAUUUCAAUCUGUCCAAGAACAUUAUGCAGACUUAGUGUGCACGCAACCCGACUCAAUUGCCAAUAUAAAUUCACAUACUAGUAAGCUGAAAAUUACAGAAGAGAACCAACAGGUCGAGGAAACGAUAAAGAAACCGAAGAAGGAACAAUUAAGUAAAGCCCAGAAGCGUAGACAGUGGAACAAAGCAGAUGGCAAAGGUGAAAGACAGCGAGGAUGGAAUUGGGUAGAUAUAGUAAAACAUUUAUCACAGACUGGACCUAGAACGGAGGAGGAAUCAUAGUCCAAGACCAUAAUAUUUUGUACAGUAUGACAG